AGAUUCAGGUGUAACAUUGCAUUAAUUAGCUGCAUUAAUAACUGUGUCAGUGGAAGGAUAGUAAGACAAACGUGUGUGUGUGUGUGUGUGUAGAGGGGGUUACGCACAGUGAUCUACAGCAGCAGCCAGAAGAGGAAGAGAGCGGGGAGAGAGAGGAGGGGAAAAGGAAGGACAAAACGACCGGGGAGAAGAAAAGAGGAGGAAUAGAGGACUGUUUGUUUUCACUUUAUGCUGAUUUGAAUAACGUUAAGGAGAAGAGCAAGUCGAUUUACAAAGUCCACGCACAGGAUUUGCACCAGUUUUGCAUGAAGAAACGCAGCAGAGAGAGAGAGAGAGAGAGAGAGAGAAACCCUGAGUGUGUGUGUGUGAGUGUGUGUGAGUGUGUGUGUUCUUCUCAGUUCCCAAACCGACACGUGUUGAACUUCACUCUACUUCAUCUAGAGUGAACGAGCUUCAGUUAUUCAUAAUCCGAUCUAACUCCUCAAUCAGGAGCUGGGUUUCAGCUGUGUGUGUGUGUGUGUGUGUUUACUGAGACGGACGCAGACACAUUUUCGUCUUCACGUGGCGUUUUUCAGUCCCACUGAACUGAUCAACACGGCGAGGAAAAGCCCAGAGCAGAGUUUCCUCCCGCUGCUCUUUGUAAACGCGAUCGGACUAUGGCAGCGGUAACAACCCCGGAGUCGAGCCCUCAGCCCCGGGUCUACUUCCAAACUCCCCCCGGUACCGAACAGACCGAGACCCCGGCCCGGAAACAAGGCAGAGUUACGGUCAAAUACGACCGGAAAGAGCUGAGGAAGAGACUGAAUUUGGAGGAGUGGAUCAUCGACCAACUCACAGAUUUAUACGACUGUGAGGAGGAGGCGAUUCCUGAACUGGAGAUAGAUGUGGAUGAGCUAUUGGACAUGCAGAAUGAUGAGGACCGUGCUGCACGUGUUAAGGAUCUGCUGGUGGACUGUUACAAACCUACUGAAGACUUUGUAGUCGAGUUGCUUGACAAAAUCCGCGGCAUGCAGAAGCUCAGCACACCUCAGAAGAAAUGAUGCACCUGCAGCCUCGGCUCCUCCUCCUAACCCUUCCCCAGCCAAUCGCAGCUUCUUCCUCUGCUUCACCAGGUGCUCAACCAAUCACGUGAGGUAGAGGGGGAAGUGAGGUGACUGGGGAAUCUAGCCAAUCAGAUUCUUAUAAGCAGGGCUUAUUUUUGUUUUCUUCAUUUUUUUGACUUUAUGGUAUAUUAUUUUUUUUUCUAAAAGGGGAAAAGAUUUCAUUGUGUUUUGAAGCAUUUGUAGAAAUCCUAGCAAUAUAUUUCUACGCAUACAUUUUUUAGAUGUUAGGUGACUGUGUGAAUUUUUUUUGCUCUGAUGCAAUACUGUAUGAGUGUCCCCAGUGGACAAUAUAAACGUGCUGUUUGUAGUUCUCUGAAAAUGUUAUGACCCUUACUGCGAUAUAGUUUGUUUGAAAGAGAUGAGAUAUACUCUGCCUUGUCCAUUAAAAAAAAAAUCCUUAAUUUUAUCUUGUUUUAUUUAAAAAAAAAAAAAAAAUC